CUCAGAGGUAACACCUGCGCCUACCAAGUACCUUGGACACGGUAAGCAACAUGGCCAUUCAAGAACCUGUCGAGUCCGCUCUCCAGAGCCUCCGUUCUUCUCAGGUCAGACUUCGCAGCAGACACUUAAGCAAAAAAUGGUCCCCACUUGGCCUCGCGCUCUGGCGCUGACUACCCUGGUCUCAUCAUGUCUGAGCGUGUCCGCAGAAGACGUGUUAUAUUCCAAGCGACAUCAGAAGCGGUAUAUUGAUGCAGAAGGCCACUGGAACCAGUCGUUCUUCCACAUCAAUGACGUUCACGCGCACUUGGACGAGUUCCGCUCUUCUGGAACCGACUGCACCGAUCCCACUCGAGGUUGUUAUGGAGGUUACGCCCGCGUCAGCGAAGUCGUCAAUGAGCGCCGACCGGUCCUGAACAGCAGCUUGUUCCUCAAUGCUGGAGACGAGUUUCAAGGAACCUUGUUCUACACCUACUAUGGCGGCGAAAAGAUCGCCGAAACCAUCAAUCAGCUCGGCUUCGACGGCAUGACUCUCGGAAACCAUGAAUUCGAUGGCGGUGACGAUAUGCUUGGGGACUUCCUGGAGAACCUCACUUUCCCCAUCAUUUCUGCCAAUAUCCAAUCCGGCCAUCCCGUUCUCAAUCGUACCAUCAAGCCUUUCCACAUCUAUGAGCAGUUUGAGCUUGCCGUCAUUGGCGUCACGACUGAGACCACACCUGACAUUUCGAGUCCUGGUGAGACGACCACUUUCUCCAAUCCCAUCGAAGCCGUGCAAAACACAAUCAACUUCAUCAAAGAGACGACCAACAUCACCAGGAUUGCAGCUCUCACGCACAUCGGUUAUGAGAACGACCAGGAGCUCGCUCAGAGCACGACCGGUCUGCAUCUGAUCAUGGGCGGUCAUUCGCAUACUCCGCUCGGCACGGGAGAGGGGGAAGAGGGGUCCUACCCAACGAUUGUCGAAAACCUGGAUGGCGAAGAAGUUUUUGUGGUGACUGCAUACCGUUGGGGCGAGUACCUGGGCUACAUUGAUGUCACGUACGAUGCCGAAGGCAAGAUCCUGGCAUAUCAUGGCGCCCCCAUUCACCUUACCAACACCACUGAGCAGAAUGCGACUUUGCAGACUCAGAUUGAGGCAUGGAGAGGGCCCUUUGAAGAGUUCGCAGCACAAGUGAUUGGCGUGUCCAACGUCGUGCUCGAGCAGUCGACAUGCCAAGAAGAGGAGUGUUUGCUGGGCGACUUCAUGGCGGAUGCCAUGUUCACUUACCGACAGAACGAAAGCGAUUCGGUCGAUUUUGCUAUCAUCAACGCAGGUGGAAUCCGCGCUACAAUCGACGCGGGCAACAUUACUCGCGGCGAGGUCCUUACCAGCUUUCCGUUUGGAAAUUCCCUGGUCGAGGUCACCAUGUCUGGAGAUGACCUGUGGAAGGUGCUCGAGGGCGUUUUCAGCGGUGUCAAUCAAUUCAACGGAGAAGAAGUCACGAGCUUCCCACAAGUCAGCCGAGGCAUCAAGAUUGAGUACAAUCCAGAAAACGAGAGUGGAAGCAAACUCGUCUCUGUCAUGAUUGGCGAUUCUAGCCUCGACCGCGAGGAAAUGUACAACAUCGUCACCUUGGACUUCCUCGCCGGCGGAGGCGACCAAAUCUUCACCGGCUUAACCCUGGGCAAUACCAUCACCCUCGAAACUCAAGAUGAGAUUCUAGUCCGCCACAUCGAAUCUCAAUCCCCCGUCGACAUUUCGCUUGACGGCAGGAUUUCCGCUGUGAGCGGCACUGCGCCCACCUCUGGCGACGAUGACAGCGUUGAAGGCGGCUCAUCAGAUUCCACAAACGGUACCGUGCCGACGACGGGAGAUGCGAGCGGAGCCCUCCGCGUGCAUGCUCACGCUGGUAUUGCGCUUGCGGGUCUUCUAGCGUGUAUUAUGGUAGCUUGAUAGAAGAAAGAGAAUAUGAAACGAUACGCAUUAUGUGGACAUAUGAUUGAUUUUCUUUCGCACACACGUAAUUGCGCAAUCAUGAUAAUAA